UCAUAACCAUGCAUUAAGUUUAUCUUCCACUAUUAUGGAUGUGAAAAGAAGAUUUUCUAAGAUUUAAUUAAUUUUUUAUUGCUUGGCCAUAUUCCCCCAACCCUGGGGCCUGAACCCUUGACCCUGAGGAGUCUGGAAUUUCACAUUUAUGGAAUAGGGCUUUAUGGACAUCAUAACCAUGAAUUCAUUUAUUUUUUCAAAUAUUUAUGGGAGUAAAGAAAAAGAUUUCUUAAGAUUUAAUUUACUGUAAACAGAGAAAUAUUCCCCCUUGUUUUAUUUUUGCCACUUCUGCUCUCGUUGUAGGUGAGCAAAUUUAAGACUGGGCAAAUUCAAAUGGUUCAAAUUAAUUUUCAGGUAACCUAAAAACUUGAAAAGCAUUGGUUAAGAAGAUAGCAUAGACUACAGAAUGGUAAGUUUCUGAGAUGGAAAUCUUCGACAUGCAUGUGGUACAUAAUUACUUAUCUCUACACUUUAGCAUUGCAUGCAAAGGAGAGAAGUACCAUAAAAUUUAACUGCGAGGGAGCUCAUACCGGUAGUCGUAAAUGAGCAUGGUGUAUAAUUUGCUGACAAAAGAUUCUACCAUUUUCUGGCCGCUAAUGCAACUUUUCCUCAUUAAGGGUUUUGUCUCUUUACAUGAUGGUAAGUAUAUUGCUGUGCAAGUUUGCUUUUUUAAUUCAUUACUCCAAUAUGAAAGGAGAGGAUCUGGAUUGCUUUCAUGUAUAAAGAAAAUAAAUAAACCAUUAACCUUAAGUAGUUCUUAUAAAUAUGGAAAAAAAGUAUCAUUAGCAGAUACUAAAAAGAGUUAUCAACGAUAAAAGAAUCUCCAGUUUAUGAAAUUACAUUAUAUUGACAUGCACUUGUGACCAACUUACUGGUAUAAAUAACAAUGUCUCUAACUAACGAGCACAAAGGAAUUCAAACUGUGAAGAACAUCAUGGGUCAAAAUGCUUCUGUAGUGACGCAUCCCGAGAUUGUCAAAGAAAGGAUGAAUCGCCUGCCUUUGGGGAUAUUCAUUCUAUUUCUAUGUGUUGUAGGAAUAGUAGGAAAUUCUUUAGUCCUGAACAUUUUUCGUAAAAUUCAAUACGAUUCUACGUACAAAAUCUUUGUCUUUAUUUUGGCUUAUUUUGAUCUAAGCACCUCUUUUGCGCAUCUCAUGAAAGAGGUAGAACAGCUGUGGUUUCCAUCAUACGAUACCAGUGACAUAGAAUGCAGAGUUACCUACUUCACCGCUUACAUUGUGAGCACUACAUCUUACUGCAUCAUUUUCGUCAUUGCAAUCGAGAGAUACCGGAAGAUAUGCCAUCCAUUGAAGUCCCAGAUGUCCGUUUCUUUCGCAAAACGCAUCUGUCUUGCUUGUUUUGGUUUUGCAUGCAUGUCUGGUCUCCCAUUUCCAUUUAUGGUUGGCAACUGGUACACGAAAAUGGAAGGACGUACCAUUUCCCAAUGUAUGAUUGGAAACGUAGGUGAACGCAAGGUUUGGCCAUUUAUUUACAACCUUUCCAACCUCACAACAUCUGUUCUCUUAGCCAUUAUUGUAGUAUGCCUCCAGGUAAUCAUUUGGAAGACAAUUCUGGCUCAAAAAGCGGCAAGAAAAAAAUUAAGAGAUGGUCAAAAUUUUGGUAAUAAGAAUCAGGAUGCAACUUCAAAAGAAGGCAAAGCUGCUCGGCGAGCUGCGAAAGAUGACAACGUCAAAAUAACACUUACGUUCUGCAUCAUAACGGUUCUUCUCAUUGUCAGCUACUUCCCUCUUGUCACGAUAAACACAUUGGUUGCGUAUAAGAAUUAUUACGACCCUUACAUUGCUAUUGAUAGAUCCACCUAUGUUUUGUUUGGUGUGCUUGCACAUUUUGGUGCAAUUAAUAGCAUUCUGAAUCCUUUUGUCUACUUCUUUAGUGACAAUAGGUUUAGAGAUUUGUUUAAAGAAAUGCUUUGUUAAAAUUUAGAUUGCUAAUAUUGGUGUCAAUUUGGGUAUUGCUAUUUUAUCUCCCAUGUAAUUUGUCAUGCAUUUGUAUCAAUUUCUUGUUAAUUUUUGUGUUGUACACAUGUCAUAUUUGUUUAUUCUGAUAAUAAUCUUCAUGAGAAGACAAAACACUUUUGAUUUAAGUGCUUAAUAAGCACAUAUUUCUAUUCUAUAAGGAAGCACUGUUGAAAAGUACAUAUACAAAGUAUAUGAAUUUUUUAUUGAAUUGUUUACAUGUAUUUUAUUUAUAGGCAAAUGAAAAGGCAAAAGAUCAUGCAAUUAACCAUGAGUGGAAUUACUUCAUUGUUAAGUUACAGAUUACUACUAAGUAUAUGUUUUCUUAUAAUGUCAAGUUAUCUUGUAUGCAAGGUUUGAUAUUAAUAAGUUUUGUAAAUGUGAUUUAAUCAUCUGUAAAUAAAUAUUAACCUUCUCCUCCCAAAUAAAAUAUUAAUCAAAUACAAUAACAAUGAAACGAUGCAGUGUUUAAAGUAGAUUAUUUUUUAUCAUCUAAUGUAUUAUAUCAGCUACUGUAAAUAUUUUGAUUAAUGCAGAACUUUUUCAAAGAGUUUUUUGCAAUGUUUCCUUUGCCAUGUUCCUUGAAAUGAAAGGGCCAUAGACUGAUGCCUGUUGUCUGUCAUUUGUAAGUGAUUUUGUUGUACAGAUAGACUGUUGAUUUAAUAAAUGUAUGUGAACUGCAAGUUUGCUUAAAGUAUUUUUUG